UACUGCUAAAUAAAUAAAUUACUUUGCAUUGGCUUCUGGCUAUUUCGGGAGCACUCGUGUUCAUCUGCUUGGCUAAAUGACUCGUAGCCAGGUCAUAAAAGAAAUCAUCUGUCACUGUCAGUGUCACAGAAAAGCAAAAAACCGAACGGUUGAACCUUUUGAACCUUCCUUCUUUGUUUUAUUUAAUUUAAUAUGUAUUAAAUUGCAUUUAGUCGAAUUUAUUGCAUUUAAAAAGCAGCCUAACAAUGUCUACUACAUCAGUGUCAUCGUCUAAGAACGAGAGAGCUGGUUCUGAAUUGCCAAUGGAGGUAGAAGCGGCUCGUGCUCUAAACGACUAUCUACGAACGCAUUUGAAGAAUAUAAAGAUGCUAAAACAGACUAUAAUUCAAAUGGAUGGACACAUUAGGACAUUGCAGAAAGUUAACAACCAGUGGGUUGAUGUAGGAAACACAAGAACGAAAUGAUUUGUUUUUAAUUUUUUUUCUUUUUUUCUGUCAUGGCAAAGGUCUUUUAUGCGAAGUAUGAUUAUCUAAUUUUUAUUUUGUCAUAAUAUUGCAGUUUUGUUUUCAAUGUUCUUUAAGUACAGUCAAUAGAGAUAGGUGACCCCAUGUCCAAAGAAUUUUAAUGAAUUUGAUAGACAACCUCAUUUCUGUCCUCUGGCCGGCAAGCAUCAAAUUUCAGGCCGCUGCGCUAAAUAAAGUUAUUGCUUCCCGGCUCCAUGGGACAUAAAAAUAGUAUACACAACUUGGCCAGUAAGUAAGAAUAUCACAGGUUUGUUGACCGUGUCUCCCUCUUGGUCGGAGAUUACAUGUAAUUUGGGGGCCGAUUUUUGAGUCUCACUUUCACUAAAAUACCGGUUGAAAAUGGUGAAUUGCCUAUUAUUUUCAGUGUCAAUUUUCUGAAUUCGAACGCCGUGAGACUCAAAAAUUGGCCCCCUGAGCUAUUUCUUACUUAACUGACUCAGGUAUGUAAAUUAUGUAAUCUAUUUUUAUUUUGCUUUGGUUUUUAAUGAGCAAAUGUUAACACAUUCACUGCCAGUAGGUAUGAUUUUGUGCAAAAAUGAACACAUAUGUGUUGCCGGCACCAAAUUUGUUAAUGUGAAGGAUUGUGUAUGUAUAGUUGAGGAUCAAUGUUUUAAUUUCAUGGGGUAGAGUUAUAGCAAAAAACUAAACUAAACUUUUGGUAUUGAUUAUUAAUUUUAUGUCGGAAUUAUGUACCUAUCCAUCAGGAAUAACAUUUGUAACAUUUUGUGGACCUUUUUUGUCUGUAUUUAUUUACUCUCACAAGAGAUUAGAUAACAAUAACUUGAGAACAAACAGAGAUAUUUAGCUGUGGAAAAUAAAUUAUUGAAUAAAUCGUUUUAGGCAUA